UUUCCAGAUUUCAUUGCACUUGAGAAAGUCUACCAGGAACAGGAAAGAGAACAUCUGAAAAGAAGGGGAUUGCAACACUGUUACAAUGUCUGAACCAACGCACGCUGACAAAGAGAAGAAAAAACCAAUUCCCCCUAGCCUGAGUGGCCGAAGAGCCCUCCCCCCAAACAUCUCUAAUGCUGAAGAAGAUGAGGUCCCUGUCAUGGAGAUGACUGGUUUUGUACCUAGGGGAGUUAACCUGAAAGAUUUUCUGGAAGUUAAGGAAGUUCACAUGUUCAAGAGAGACCAGGAUGUUAACAAGAAGGAGCACCAUACUGACAAGUACUACCACCCUAAGUUGAUUGUACGCCGUGGACAGCCUUUCCUUAUCCAAAUUGACUUCAACCGUCCUUACAAUCCUGAAAAGGACCAGUUCUGGGUGGAAUACCUUAUAGGUCGUUAUCCACAGCAAAACAAAGGCACUUACAUCCCAAUCCCUUUGGUUGAAGAACUGCAAAGCGGGACAUGGGGAGCCAAGAUUACCUGGAAGGAGGACAGUUCCGUUAGACUGUCCAUCAUGUCUGCUCCGACCUGCAUUGUGGGGAAAUUCCGCCUCUAUGUCGCUGUCCUGACUCCCUAUGGCAUCCUCCGGACGAAGAGAAACCCAGAGACUGACACCUACAUACUCUUUAAUCCCUGGUGCCCAGAGGAUUCUGUGUUUCUGGAUGACGAGAAGGAAAGGGAAGAGUAUGUCCUGAAUGACCUUGGAGUUGUUUUCCAUGGAGACAUCAACAAUGUAAAAUCCAGAAGCUGGAAUUAUGGUCAGUUUGAAGAGGGCAUUCUGGAUGCUUGCCUACACUUGAUGGAUAGAGCAAAACUAGAUCUCUCUGGGCGGGGGAACCCAGUCAAAAUCAGUCGCAUUGGAUCUGCAGUGAUCAAUGCUAAAGAUGAUGAGGGCGUGGUUGCUGGCAGUUGGGACAAUAUUUAUGCUUAUGGAGUAGCACCGUCAGCCUGGACUGGAAGUGUAGACAUCCUAUUGGAAUAUCAUAGCUCUGGUAUGCCAGUGCGGUACGGUCAGUGCUGGGUCUUUGCUGGAGUCUUCAAUACAUUUUUGAGGUGCAUAGGGAUACCUGGAAGAAUUGUUACCAAUUAUUCCUCUGCCCAUGAUAAUGAUGCCAAUUUACAACUGGAUGUCUUUGUGGAUGAAGAAGGGAAAGUGGACUCCAAACUCACAAAAGACUCAAUCUGGAACUAUCACUGCUGGAACGAGGCAUGGAUGACCAGACCUGAUCUUCCCGUUGGUUUUGGAGGAUGGCAAGUCGUAGAUAGUACUCCUCAAGAAAACAGUGAUGGUAUGUAUAGAUGUGGCCCUGCGUCCGUUCAAGCUAUUAAACAUGGUCAUGUCUGCUUCCAGUUCGAUGCUCCUUUUGUUUUUGCAGAGGUAAAUAGUGAUGUUGUUUACUCAAAAGCAAUGAAAGAUGGGACCAGAGUGAUUGAACACAUUGAUAAGACCCACAUUGGGAAAUUAAUCUUGACCAAGGAAAUUGGGAGUGAUAGAACCAAGGACAUUACUGAGCAGUACAAGUUCCAGGAAGGCACAGAAGAAGAGAGACUGGCCCUUGAGACAGCUCUGAUGUAUGGCGUUAAAAAGCAGGCUACCCAGGAUACUAUGGAGCCGGCAGGGACCGAAGUCGACAUGGACUUUCAAGUGGAAAAUGCAACACUUGGCAGUGACUUCAAAGUCACUGUAACUUUCAGAAACAACAGUCGCAACCAUUACACUGCAACAGUCUAUCUGUCUGGCAAUAUUGUGUUUUAUACGGGUGUCACGAAGAAUGAAUUCAAGAAUCAUACUUUUGAUGUGACACUGGAACCCUUGGCAUCUAAAAUUUCUGAGGUCUUAAUCAAAUCGGGGGAGUACAUGAGUCAGCUGCUGGAACAGGCCUCUUUGCAUUUCUUCGUCACAGCACGUCUCAAUGAAACGAAAAAGAUUCUGGCCAAGCAGAAGACCUCUGUACUGCAAAUCCCCAAGCUGCACAUCAAG